UGAGCGUAUUAGAAGUUCUAUGUCGCUUGACAAUUUGUCCAAAAAAUAGCAGUCGUGGAAGAUUUUAUUAAUUUUUUUUAAAACAGUGAUAUUUGAUUGAACGUAAUCAUUCAGGUGCUUCUAAAAGAAUUUAUGUACUAUGUCAAAUGUAAAACACGACAUUGACCUUCCAAAUACAAUUUCUGACCUGCUAUUAGAAAAACAUGUAAAGUUUUUACUGUCUUAUGGUGCUGAUAAGGAUGAAUAUAUAUAUUGUACAACGGAACACUUGAGGAUGUCUGGUAUGUACUGGGGUCUAACAGCACUAGAUCUUAUGGGCAAACUGGACCAAACCAACCGGAACGAAGUCCUUGAAUUUAUAGCCCAAUGUCAAACAGAAAGUGGUGGAAUUGCAUCCAGUUUACAACAUGAUCCACAUCUUCUCCACACAUUAAGCGCAAUACAAAUACUUUGUAUCUUUGAUGCUCUUGAUGUUAUAGAUGUGGAAAAAGUUGUAAAGUAUGUAAAAGAGAGACAACAACCAGAUGGGAGUUUUACCGGUGAUAUGUGGGGUGAAGUUGAUACAAGAUUUUCAUUUUGUGCAGUGGCAACUUUAUCACUUUUAAAUCGAUUGGAUGCUAUAGACGUUAAUAAGGCUGUUGAAUUUGUGAUAAAAUGUAUGAAUUUCGAUGGUGGGUUCGGGUCAAAACCAGGCGGCGAAAGCCACGCCGGUAUGAUCUACUGCUGCGUGGGACUUUUAUCGAUAACUGGUAAUUCGUUUCUACGGGGACAAGAAUUUCGAGGUUAUUAUAAUAAAAUAAUGUUUUUAGAUUGCCUUAGUUUGGUAGACGCGGAUCAGUUAGGUUGGUGGCUUUGCGAACGGCAACUUCCCUCUGGCGGUUUAAACGGAAGACCAGAAAAAGCGCCCGACGUUUGUUAUUCUUGGUGGGUUCUUUCGGCGCUUACUAUACUCGGGCGUCUUCAUUGGGUUAACAAGGAGCAAUUGGUAAAAUUUGUACUAGCAUGCCAAGACAUGGAAUCAGGAGGAUUUAGUGAUCGUCCAGGAGAUGUUGCUGAUCCUUUCCACACUCUUUUUGGAUUAACAGCACUUUCUCUUUUAAAUGCUGAUUAUCCUCUAAAAAGAAUUAACCCUACAUAUUGCAUGCCAGAAUAUGUUAUCCAGAGGCUACGUCUCAAACCUUCAAGAUUAGAUCAAAGUGAUUAACAUUUUGUUUAAAAGGUUUGACCUUCUGUAAAAUUAAGUUUCUAUUAAAUAAUGCA